ACUGGAAAUUGUAUCUGCAUAGGUUAUGGCCAGCACCGCGCGCGCAGCCCGCCUGUAUGUAGGCAACCUUCCCUGGACUGUUGGUCAUCGUCAACUGAGGGAAUACUUUGCUCAGUUUGGCCCUGUUCAGAAUGCUAGAGUAGUUUUUGAUCGUUCCACUGGCCUAAGCAAAGGCUAUGGUUUCAUAGAGUUUGUGAGUCCAUCUUCAGCUGCUGAUGCCACCAACAAGCAAAUUCAUACUCUUGAGGGACUCAAUUUAACUGUUCAGCCUCAAAAUAAUUAAAAAUUCCUCCCAUACAGUAGAUGUAAUGGCGAA